AUGAUGACCCCUCCUCUAUCAUUCCGGACUAGUUUGAUUUUCGCCACAGCUGUCGUUUGCGUAUUGAUUUCGCUGUUGCCCAAUGCUAAUGGUCAGAUAGAUUGCUAUGAGUGUACAGUACAUCCACCAGAACCAUAUAUGAACCUAACGACCAGACUGUGUUCGAAAUUUGAUGGUUCCGAUCACUACAAAGUACACUGUCCCAAUUCGACGUAUUGCAUGAAGAAAUCGUUUCAACUUGAACUACAGGCCGGAAAAAUCGUCAAAGGAAAUGUGAGGGGUUGUGCGCCGCAGAAAUACGAUUAUCAGGUUUACAAGAACGGGUCGUGGAAAGUCGAGUCGGCCGUCGAGUACGACUCGUUCAAAAAGGGAUGCUUUUCCGGCAACGAUGACCAACUGAGGACGGCGGAUACGCAGUUCUGCUACUGUGACGAUAACCUUUGCAACAACGCCAAACAGACGACGAACUUUUCAAGUCACACUGACACUAUCGCCGUGAUCAUAAUUUACAAUAUCAUGAGGUUUCUGAAAACCCACACGCAACCCGCGUAA